GGGGCGUUCUGGGAUAUGAGAUGCUGCCGUGACCUAUUUUGGCUGGCGGUGGUUAUUUUUUUAGGGCGGAUUUAUACGGCGAUCGUCGCCCCGGCAGCCCCGGUUGGGGUAAUCGAGGAGGUGAACUUUGCCAUCUAACCGGCGCCGUCCUUCAUCACCCCCCAGGCGGAAUGGCAUGAGCCCCGGAGCCUGACGGAAAGUGAGAUUAAAACAUGUCUACCACGAGUACCGGAGACACCAAGGGCCAGUGCUUACCGCGCAACGGACUGGUGAAGAUCCCCGGCCCCACCAACGGCCUGGGCUCCGCCAGCAUCACCAAAGGAACCCCCGCCGUCAAGAACCGCAUAUGCCAACCGCCCUCCGUCCCCUCCAUCCUCAGCCAGGCCUUCCCCAAACACCAAGAACAUGUCGGCCCCACUGCGUUACCCGUCCUGCCGCCACCUCCCACCCACAGCAUCCCGCUGGGGCUCAGCCCCGGGGAGGAGACCCCGCCGAACCCCUGCCUCCCUUCUACGGAUCGCUUCCAGGGGCCGGGGAUGGACUGCCAGCUGGCCCUGGACGAGAAGAUCCUCAACCGGCUCUUCUCGUACUUUUCGGCUUGCGAGAAGUGCGUCCUGGCGCAGGUGUGCAAGGCGUGGAGACGGGUUCUGUACCAGCCCAGGUUCUGGGUCGGGCUGAUGCCGGUGCUGCACGCCAAGGAACUUUACAACGGCCUCCCCACGGGGGAGAAGGAGUUCGUCAGCCUGCAGGGCUUCGCCGUCCGGGGCUUUGACUCCUUCUGCCUCGUCGGGGUGUCCGACCUGGACAUCUGCGAGUUCAUCGACAACUACCCGCUGUCCAAGAAGGGCGUCAAAUCCGUCAGCCUAAAACGGUCGACCAUCACCGAUGCCGGUUUGGAGGUCAUGUUGGAGCAGAUGCAAGGAGUGGUCCGUCUGGAGCUAUCCGGUUGUAACGACUUCACGGAGGCCGGGCUGUGGUCGAGCCUCCACGGCCGAAUCACCUCCCUGAGCGUCAGCGACUGCAUUAAUGUGGCCGACGACGCCGUGGCUGCCAUCUCGCAACUCCUGCCCAACUUGGGCGAGCUGAACCUUCAGGCCUACCACGUAACGGACACCGCGCUGGCUUACUUUACCGCCAAGCAAGGGCGAGCCACACACACGCUGCGCCUCCACUCCUGCUGGGAGAUCACCAACCACGGAGUGGUCAACGUGGUCCACAGCUUGCCCAACCUCACCGUGCUCAGCCUCUCCGGCUGCUCCAAAGUGACAGACGACGGGGUGGAACUGGUGGCAGAGAACCUGCGGAGGUUGCGUGGUCUCGAUCUGUCGUGGUGCCCACGAAUCACAGACACGGCGCUGGAGUACAUCGCGUGUGACCUGCACAAGCUGGAGGAACUGGUGUUGGAUAGGUGCGUACGGAUCACAGACACGGGACUCAGCUACUUGUCUACAAUGACAUCGCUGCGCAGCCUGUACCUCCGCUGGUGCUGCCAGGUGCAGGAUUUCGGACUGAAGCAUUUAUUGGUGAUGAAGAGUUUGCGCCUCCUAUCCUUGGCUGGCUGCCCUUUGCUCACUACGACCGGCCUGUCAGGCAUUGUCCAGCUACAGGACCUAGAAGAACUCGAACUAACCAACUGUCCUGGUGCUACUCCGGAGCUCUUUAAGUAUUUCUCCCAGCACCUUCCUCGGUGUGUGGUCAUCGAGUAAGAACCAGAAAGCUGACAGCCCCGACUUUUGAAGCCUUCUCCUCCGACUCAUUCCCAGCACCGACCAUUCAAUCGGAGACUUUGGCAUGGAGGGGGGGACAAUACCCCACCGGCCGUUGACUGGCUGACACACAAGGAGCGCAAGAUCCUGGGAGAUAUUUCACACUCCGGUUUGUGAAGACCUCAUUUCAUGUCCCGAAGAAAAGGGUUGUAUAUUUCCCACGCAUCAUCUCUUGUCUUCUCUGUGGUGGACUGUUCUGAAACUCACGCGUAGAGCCGGCUCCCAUCCGAAACCCCCAUCAGCAUUCUGUAGAAGAAUCCUAUGGCGUGAGGUUGCGUGCAGCACGUGGUUGGAGUGUCAGACGCCGUUAUGACCAUGGUGGUCCUCCAUACUUUGGUUCCUGAGAUGAUUAUUUUUAGUUGGGUCCAAGAGUCACAGUACUCCUGGAUCUUUUGGAAUCUGACGUACAUUAUGGAGGCCUAUGGCGAGAGGAAGAGGUUGCUUUAGGUGUUGGUGGAUCGCGAGGUAUAUAGAAAGUCCAGGAGAAGGAUCUGCGCGCUCGUUGGCAAAUUUCUUUUACCUACCUUAGGAUAGAAAAGUCGCCUUGCUCCUGGAAAUCCACGUUGCGUCCUUGGUUGACGGUUUACAUCUCAUCCUUGUCGACCUGAUUUCUACGUGGCUUGUACAUUUUAACACUCGUGGCUUCCCCUUUGUAAUUGCUAACAAGGUCAGUCGUUCCCGGAUCACAAGAAGGAACGUUUUCCAGCAGCUCGCUCGACACAUGCGGUGGGUCAAGUUCUGAAGGAACUGGACAGUAGAGUUUUGAAGGCAACAU